UUGAGGGCGGCCCAGUGUGGGGACAGCGGUGGGGACCUGCACGGGGACACGCUGUCACCGUCCGCGUCCUGGAGUGUCCGUUGUCUUGCUGCUUGCUUUGGUUUACCAAGCUUGGCUUCAGUGGUUUUAGCCGAGGUUAAAGGCCACAGAAGUUGAAAAAACCCUCCCAAAAAUACCCUUCUGGCUUUGCUCUGGGGUUUCCCUCCAUCUCCCAAUGGCUGGUGGCAUCACUGACACCGGAGAGCUUUACUCUCCCUAUGUUGGCCUGGUGUACAUGUUCAACCUCAUCGUUGGAACGGGAGCCCUGACCAUGCCCAAGGCUUUUGCCACAGCAGGGUGGCUUGUCAGCCUCAUCCUCCUGAUGUUCCUGGGGUUUAUGAGCUAUAUGACUACAACCUUUGUGGUGGAAGCCAUGGCUGCUGCAAACGCCCAGCUGAGAUGGAAGAGAAUGGAAAAACACAAGGAGGAUGAUGAAGAUGAGGAUUCUUCCUCUGGAGUGUCUGACAGUGAUGUUCUCCUCCAAGAUGGCUACGAACGAGCAGAGACGCGGCCUAUCCUGUCAGUUCAGAGACGUGGCUCAGCCAAUAUCUUUGAAAUCACUGAGAGGGUGGAAAUGGGACAGAUGGCUUCCAUGUUCUUCAAUAAAGUGGGUGUCAACCUCUUCUAUUUCUGUAUAAUUAUCUACCUCUAUGGAGAUCUGGCAAUCUAUGCAGCAGCGGUGCCAGUCUCCCUAAUGCAGGUGACCUGCAGUGUCACUGGCAACCAUUCUUGCAGUGUUGGAGAUGGCACGAAGUACAACGACACAGACAAGUGCUGGGGGCCAAUUCGAAGGAUUGAUGCUUACAGGCUGUAUCUGGCAGCAUUCACGCUCCUCCUGGGUCCUUUCACCUUCUUCAAUGUGCAGAAGACCAAGUAUCUUCAAAUCAUGACGUCCCUCAUGAGAUGGAUAGCUUUCAUCCUCAUGAUUAUUCUGGCCCUCAUCCGCAUCAGCAGAGGCCAAGCCGAAGGUCACCCAUCCAUGGCCCAGCUGUCGGGCAUCCGCAAUCUGUUUGGGGUGUGCGUCUAUUCCUUCAUGUGCCAGCACUCCCUGCCAUCUCUCAUCACCCCCAUUUCCAAGAAGAAGCACGUCAACAAGCUUGUGCUGCUUGAUUACAUCCUGAUCCUGGCAUUCUACAGCCUCCUGUCCUUCACUGCCAUUUACUGCUUCCGCAACGACACCCUCAUGGACAUGUACACGCUCAACUUCACCAACUGUGAGAUCAUCAGCGUGGCCUUCAUUCGGUACUUCCUGGGCCUCUUCCCGGUCUUCACCAUCAGCACCAACUUCCCCAUCAUCGCUGUGACCCUGCGCAACAACUGGAAGACCCUUUUCCACAGAGAAGGGGGCACCUACCCGUGGGUGGUGGAUAGGAUUGUCUUUCCUGCCAUCACGCUGAUUCCCCCAGUGCUGGUGGCUUUCUGCACCCACGAUCUGGAGUCCUUGGUGGGGAUCACGGGAGCCUAUGCCGGGAAUGGGAUCCAGUAUCUCAUCCCAGCUUUCCUCGCAUACUGCAGUCGGAAAGACACUCAGCUGGUCUUCGGCAGCGGGACGGUGAACAAGCACCUCUCCCCUUUCCGGCACAGCUUCUGGAUUGUGUUCGUGCUUAUUUGGGGUUUCUCUUGCUUUGUAUUUGUGACUGCAAACAUUGUCCUGAGUGAGUCAAAGCUCUGAUGAGGGUUAGCAGCCCACUCUGUCUGGAGCUCUAAAGCCUCCAGCAUUUCAGCUCGCCCCCUGGAACUGUGCAGUGAGGGGGAGAGGCAGUAUGAAGGGAAGUUUCCAGGCUGUUGGCUUGGUGACACAGACUUUCUUCACUCCAGUUUGGGUGUGGACAGAGCCUUGUUAUCGUUCUGGUUUUCAGACAAAGCCCUGGGGCUGAGCCCUUGGCAGCCUGCAUCCUUAACCAGUGUCCAGCCAUUCCUGUUUGGUUCUGUCAGAGCAGUACAUUCUCUGUCUGUCUCUCUGUGGUUCUCUGUGUGCUGCAGGUCUCGGCACACAGGAGAGAGACAGCCUUGGCUGUAUCACUAAACGUCCCUUCUCCCAAAGGCAGAAAUGUGCUGUGCAGAAUCCAGCAGGAGUUUGGGAUAACUGAGUCUCUUCUUUCUGUUGAGACUCCUUCAGACCAACCUCCUGUGCCAGCUGAAGGAAAACAUAAGGGUGGAAAUAGACCUAAUUCAGAAGGAAA